AUGACUCGUCUGGUAGCCGGGCCAGCCGAGUGUCCACAUGACCAACUCGCCCGUCUGCGAGCCUGCCACCAGAAGCCGGUGGCCAGCGCUGACGUCGAGACAGGAGGGAAGCGCGCAGUGACGAGUUUGGCGCUCCAGUGGCCAGUCGACUCGGUGACGAGCAAGCCACGGAUGGCCGGCAAACUGUCCUCCCGCCACUUCAGACAAGUCCGUCAGGCAGUGGCGAGGAUCCGCCUCACCCGGGACAACGUCAAGAGGCUCGAGUUGUUGAGGCAAAACCCACAGCUGCAGAAAGACCGGCGAAGCUGGGGCGGAGAGAUCGGUUGCCUCGGCUGCAUAUUGUCAAAGUUCAAAAUAAUGCCUGCAGACAGCAAAUGGAUAUUCAUUCAAUUCUCCAAACGGAAUGGCCGUCCAGAAAAUAAAUAA